CGGGUCCCGGUGUGUUGGGCGACGGGAAGUGAGGCAGAGAAACGGGAAAUUUCUCGGCGUUCGCUGUUUAAAUUUUAACACCGUGUAUUCCCGGAGGUUGCGAAUUGUAAAUACCUUCAGUCUCCCGGCCUUAGUGACGCGCAGCGAGCUCGGAGACCAUGGCUUACCCAGGAUAUAGCGGGUAUGGAGGUUUUAGUGGACAUAUGACUGGAAUGGCAGGGCCAGGUGGACCGAUGCAUGCUGCUCCACCAGGUGCAUAUCAAACUUACUCUGCAUACUCUGGUUAUCCUGCUGCUUCAGUUGAUCCAAUGUGGAGUUACUUCACUGCAAUUGCUGGACAAGACGGGGAAGUGGAUGCUGAGGAAUUGCAGCGAUGUUUAACUCAGUCUGGGAUACAUGGCACCUAUAAACCUUUCAGUUUGGAGACUUGCAGAAUCAUGAUAGCCAUGUUGGAUAGAGAUAUGACUGGGAAAAUGGGCUUUAAUGAAUUUAAAGAACUGUGGGCAGCACUCAGUGGAUGGAAACAGAACUUCAUGAUGUAUGAUCAGGAUAGAAGUGGGACUGUAGAACCGCUUGAACUUGGCCAGGCUAUUACAUCAAUGGGGUACAGAUUGAGUGCUCAAGCUAUAAAUGGUAUUAUAAAGCGCUACUGCAAAGAUGGGAAGACUUACUUUGAUGACUAUGUUGCCUGCUGUGUAAAGUUGAGGGCAAUUACAGAUGCUUUCAGGCGAAGGGACAGCCUGCAGCAAGGAUAUGUGAACUUCAGUUAUGAUGAUUUUAUCCAGUGCACCAUGUCCAUUUGAACACAAAAUUGCAUUAUGGUGCAAAUACCAGUCAUGGAUUAAAACCAGUGAUUUAUAUUGCUGUGAAGAUAAACCAAGCCUACUUAAAACUGCAUAAAUGUCUAGUGGUUUUGUAUAUUUUUUCUUUUUUUAUUGUGUAAAAAAAAAAUAAAAAAGGAAAUUGGA